AUGGAAUAUAUUCAACCCAGACAUCUUUACACCCGUUUACUUGAGAAUGCGCCGUGGAAAUCGGGGGACCCUAAUGUGAAGGGUGAUCCCAGGAAAAGUGUCAAAUGGAUUGAUGGCCUGAGAGGAAUUGCUUCAUUUCUGGUUGUCUUGACACAUCUUGCCCGAGCAUGGGACUACGAUCUCUUUUCACCCCGCGACGACGAAGACGCCACUCCCCGCAUUUUGCAAUGGCCGAUUCUGCGAAUCCCAUGGCAAGGCCGCCUUGGUGUCACCAUUUUCGCCUUUCUGACUGGUUAUGUGUGCGCUCUGAAGCCCAUCAAGCAGUCUCGUAACGGUGACCACUUAGGUUCAUUUACCUCGGUAGCUAAGAGCGCAUUCCGUCGCCCACCUCGUUUGAUUUUCCCAGCUACCAUUGCCCUAAUCAUCUCAUGGGUGAUGGCUCAGCUUGGUGCAUUCAUCGUUGCUAACCGUUCAGACUGCUGGUGGUGUCGUUAUGCGGCUCCUGAUUUGGCCGAUUCGUUCUGGAAAGAGGUUCUCCGGUUGUUUGAGAAUUUCCUCGGUGUUUGGACUACUGGCUAUAUGGCAUAUGAUGAUCAUCAGUGGGCUUUGUUACCACUAUUGCAGGCCUCGAUGCUCGUGUAUAUUCUCCUCUGCGCUACCAUGUUUGUGAAAUUCCGCUGGCGCUUAGCGAUUUAUCUGGGCAUGUUCCUCUACUUCCACCAGGACGCGGCCCCAAACACAGAAACCUUCCAAAUGCAGGCUAUCUAUGGCAUGUUCCUCAGCGAUCUUUCAUACGAAACUGCAUUCAAAGAAUUUGUCCAGCGCCACAAAUGGGGUCGUAGGGCCGUGUCAGCAACCUGCGCCAUCACUGGUCUCCUUAUCUGCUCAUACCCCGGCGAGCACCCCGAAUGGGCAACAUGGUCCAACUACAUGUUUGAGCUGGCUCACUAUAUCUUCCCUCCUGAGGUGAACAUCGGCAAGCGCUACUCGGCCAUGGGUGUCGAUCUGAUCAUCUUCGCCAUCUACAUCUCACCUUCUACCAAGGACUUCCUAGCCAACCGCCUCCUUCUAUGGCUCGGCAAGCAAAGUUUUGCCGUCUAUCUUGUGCACGGAACCCUCCUUCGCACCGUGCUAUGCUGGAUGCUAUACGGCAUCACCGGUCAGCCCUGGGACGGCGACGUCGUCGAUGGCAACGGCCAACCCAUUCUCGAUGAGAACGGCGAGCCACUUCACCCGCACUGGAUCCCCAUUCGUGCUCCAUGGGUCGUCGCGAUCUCUAUCCCGUCUUGGAUUGCGCUUGUCUAUCUAUGCGCCUCGCUUUGGACCUCCUACGUCGACCCAUUCUGUGCCAAGAUGGCGCAGAAGCUGGAAAAGUUGAUGUUCGAGGAAGAUGAGAAAUCACCGGCAUCGCUUCCUUUGACAAGCAUGCCAAUGACGAAUAUGCCGAUGAAUUCCGCGUAA